CGUAUAUUAUUUUUUACGUCAAAAACAUGUAUUUGUGUAUAAAAUAUAUAAUUAUUUAAAAUUGAUCGUAAAUGAUGGUGCCCCCCCGCAAAAAACUUCCGCUUCCAUUUUGUAUUCAUCCCUUUGGAAUCAUGCUGAUUAUUGUGGGUUGUAUUGUGGCUGUGUAUGUUUCUAAUAUAGCCUUGGCGGCGGCAGCCGAGGCCGCCGAAGCAGCAGAAAGUGAACCUGAAGGGUUGGAAGGGGAAGAUGGAACUGGCAAGGAGAAAGGUGAAGGCGGAGAGGAAGGUGAAGAAGGUGGAGAGGAAGGAGAAGUAAACGUAGAAGGUGAAGAACCAAUUGAAUAUGGAGAUAGGAAUUUAGGAGGAGAAAUGAUAUAAAUUUUUGAAAUAUUAUGUGCGCAGAAUAAUAUAUAAUUAUUAUGUUAAAUAUAUGAAUAUAUUAAAAUAUAUACAAAUUUAUUUCGA